AUGACAGCCGUCGCUGGAAUUGGUUUUAUAUUGUUAGCAUUUUCCCCUGCUUUGGCCAUAUUCCGGCGUUUUAUAAUGAUGGAUCCGUUAAGAAUAAUUUUAUUUGCAUUUGGAGGUUUAAGCAUUAUGGCAGCUAGUGAUCACCACCACAAAGGUGUCCACACUUUGUACAACGCUAGACAUAUGUUAGCUAUUGUUUGUGGACUUGGUAUGGGUGUCAUGGCUGCAUAUUUCUUGAUCAUCAAUAUUGUGGCAGAUUUUUGGGGUGAAGGGACUGUUGGUUUACCCGCAACUGUUCCGGAAGUGAAAGACCGCUUAUCUAUUAAGCUGUAUGCGAAGGAUCAAUUUUUUCCUAUUACUUAUGCGCUUUCUGCUUGCUUUCUAACUUUGUCUCACAUGUUUUGGACUGUAGUGUUUUGGGACGCCUGCCACAAGAAAGAAGAGAAUAAAUCUUGGUGGAAGGAUGUCGUUCUAGUUGUAUUCUCACAUUUCCUUUUUUCUGGAUUGAGCUAUUUCAAUCAUGACGGGAAUCCUGUUCUUGUAUUAUGCCUACAGUUCACUGCCCUUCUUGCGACUGCAUUUUAUUCUAUCCAUGUUAUUGCACCAGAAAUGAGUGCAAGGGAAAUGGGCACGCAUUUUUUAAUGGCAACUGCAGCGUUUUUUUCUUGUAAUAGAAUUGGUACCCGGGAAACGGCUCAACCACAACAAAUUAGCUGA